AUGGCUGGAGGAAAAGAGACGGGAGGAGCUCCAUUCAAAAGGGUGGAAUCAUUGGAAAAAGAGCUUGGGCACCUAUAUAAUCGAAUGGAUACACAAGGGCAUCAGAUACGAAACCAUGCGGACUCCCUGGCAUCGAUGAAUAUUAAGAUGGACCAGAAGUUUGAAGAGAUUUUGAGUGCUAUCAUCAAAGGAAAGAAAACGGGAGAAGAUUUGGUUGCGGAUAAGCCCAUUUUUUCCGUGUUGGAGACACCGAAAGGACCACCAAAGGAGUACAACGGGGGUUCACGACAGGGCACCAUGGGCGGAUCCGGUGGAAACAGGGACGGAGGCGGAUGA